UGGAGAGAGAGGCAGCCCAGCCCUCUCUGCUUCGCCCCCGUGGUCAUGUGCGCACUUCUCAUUUGCUGACGAGCUAGUCGUUCUUUUCCAUCGCUUGAACGGAAGCUCGCAUACGGCUGUAUGUCGCUAUCGGGAACAGGGAGCUGACCGGAGCUGUGACAGAGCGCUAUGAUUUCAGACCGGACUACUACAUUCACUUAUCCCAGGCUGUUUUGGAAUAUGGCUGGGCAUUUUUAUGGAGGGAUUUAAUGGAAUUUACGCAGGACAGUCAGUUCCCAAGACGUGCUCUGUCUGAACACCUUGAAUUGCUGAUCGGAGUUUCGUCGGCUGUCCGAAUGGGUCCAGUCAUGCCCCCCAGCAAGAAGCCCGAGGGGAGCGGGAUCAGCGUGGCCAGCGCCAGCCUCAGCCAGUUCUACCAGGCCGGCUCUCUCUCCCGGGCGCUGCAGGAGGCCGAGGAGCUGGACCUGGUGCUGCCCGUCCCGCUGGCCUCGCCCGCCGUCAAGCUGGAGAAGGGCGGCGGCGGCGGGCUGGACGACGAGGAGCUCACCAACCUUAACUGGCUCCACGAGAGCAAAGACCUGCUGAACAGCUUCGGCGACCCCGUGCUGCGGAGCGUCAGCCCCGUGGGCGGGGAGUCGGCGGGCACCCGGGGCUGCCACGGCGACGAGGACGGGCUGCCGCCCUCGCCGGCCACGUCCGACUUGCCGUACGACGCCCAGAGGAACCCCAACUGCAAGCCGCCGUACUCGUUCAGCUGUCUGAUCUUCAUGGCCAUCGAAGACGCGCCCUCCAAGCGUUUGCCCGUCAAGGAGAUAUACAAUUGGAUCCUAGAGCACUUUCAGUAUUUUGCCAGCGCGCCCACUGGGUGGAAGAAUUCGGUCCGGCACAAUCUGUCGUUGAACAAGUGCUUCAGGAAGGUGGAUAAGGACCGGAGUCAGGUAAGGAGUGGCGAAAAUCACACACCCACACGCUGCACACACCUGAAUAUCAGCCAGACCCAUUUGGAAACAGAAGAGCAAGCGGAACAUCCGAAAAGGUGUGUUUGUUUCUAACACAACAAAGCACACGGCUAAUCAGUGAGAGGUGGGGUGGAGAGACAGUAGGCUCCCAUCUGUUGUAGAACUUUUAAUAUCAGUGUCAAAAUACUUUUAAAGAAAUACAAAAUAUGUUUUGGCAUUUUCAUGCUUGAAUGGACAGUAAAAGUAGGAAAAAGACAUGGAAGACAUGCCGGAUUUGAAUCCGGGCCAUUGCGGUAAUGCCUCAGCCAAAGUGGGACGCGCACUUAACCUGUGAGACACCGCAGCACCCCUAAGAGAAUCAUUUACAUGUUUUUGCAAGACCAGAAUCCCAGGACCUGUGUGAUGCAAGCCCUCGUCUGUGUUGCAUGGUUGAGAGAAAUGUAAUAAUUUGGAGUCAGUCGACCGGCCUUCGGAAGUAUUCAGAUCAUUUGGUUGAUGGGUUAGGUAAUAGUUUAUCAGAUGUUACUGAUGGAGUAUGUAUUGGUUGCGGGAAUAUACUUGGUGAGAUUGUGUGUGUGUGUGUGUGUCUGUGUGUGCCUGUGUGUUUGCAUGCGUGUCAAACACUAAAGCCGUUCCAUGUGACUCAUAGUUCACUGCCAUCUGCUCCUGGGCUGUGCUGCAAAGUAUAUUUUUUUGUAUAUAACUCUCCAUAGCAACAACAGUGCAAUUGACACGGAAAGUAAGCCGUUGCUGUAGCAACAGAGAAACUGAUGUGGCAACGUACAGCGUGUGUGUGUGUGUGUGCGUGUGUGUGUGCGGGUAAGGGAGGAGUGCGUGUUUGGGUGCACUUGUCUGGCAGGGCCUGUGCAUAAUGGCUUUAGUGUUCUAGGUUGGUGCGCAAGUGCAAGUACUGUUGUGUAUUUAGGCAUCGAGCAGCGCCCCCACAGCAAGCAUAUGUCUGUGGACUGCAUGCCUGGGCCAUACACCCAUGUGUGUGUGUGUGUGUGUGUGUGUGUGUGUGUGUGUGCUGGUGCCAGACACCCCAGCCUGACCUGUGCCAUCUCGUUGACCUAUGAACAGAACCCACGCUCUCUUUAACGCACGCACACACCCAAGCAUCAGCACAUCAAGUGUGCAUUCACACGGCGUGUUUGCCC